GGAAGAUACGAAAAUCGAGAUCGUUGACCGUAUCGAUCAGAAAAGAUGCAACUUUUUUCACGCGAAUAAAUUGGAAAAUUCUGUUAAAGCCGUAAGAACACGUGCGACGUUUGUCGUUCCGACGAGUUACGCCUCGCGUCCCAAGCGAUCUCUAUAAUGAUCCGGAUGGUGCGAUAUGAUUUUGCGAUUUUGAUCUCGACGACGAUCGAAUUUCUUUUCUUCGUUGUUUUAUUCUUCUGCGUAAAAAAAGAACUUCAUUUAUAACGAUAUAAUAAUAAACAUAAAUACCGACCACCGAAAGCAUCUCUCGAGCGACCGUUUAGACUCGAUUUCACUUUAAUUUCACUAUGCUUUCGUUUUGGCGUGAUAUUCGCUUUAGAGAAGAGUCGACGUAGCGGAGCUCGAAUGCAAAGUACCACCGUCGGAUAUUUUUGACGACGCUCGCCGAGCGGCGAAGGCAGAGAUCAUAAUUGGAUUUUAGAAGGAUCGUUAUUACCUUAACGAUCCUCCUACCGGACUGCACGGCACGGCACGAUAUGGCAAGGCAAGACAAGGCAAGGCAAGGCACGGCACGGCACGGCACGGCACGGCACGGCACGGCGGCCUGGAAUUUGCAAGCUGAAUACGUAUCGGGCAGGCUGCUCCUUUCGAACGACUUUCCGGGAACCCGAUCGAACGGUCUAGUCACGAUCUACCUGUUUGGGGAAGCGUAGAACUUGUUUUAUUUUCCCGAAACACUCUUCCACGUUCCACAGAACGACUCGACCGUUUCGCUAUGAAGAAGAAAAUAUUUGCUCGGUGUAAAUAAAACGAUGAACCGUUCGAAUUGGCCGGAUCGCGGAAACACGAAAGGCGAAAGGCGAAAGGCGAAAGGCGAAAGGCGAAACACGACGGGUUCGUCGAUACGCGAAUUUUCAAUUUGUUCCGCCGUUACGAGAAAGACUUGAAGAAUCCUCGAGUUGCUUAGAGACUGACACCUUGAUAAGUACCCGUUACCGCGCGCAAGUUCGUGCUCGAUGUCGCGAGAAUUUUCAAAGUAAAGUCACGAGGUGGGCGCAUUCGAGUCGUACGAACGAACGAGCAAAAUUCGAUGAUAGAAUUGGAUUGUAAACGUGGUAAAUAAGUAAUAAUUCGUAAUUUCGUAAGAUAGUCUUAUGCUCGAACGUUUGCUCGGUUCGUCGCUCAAAGAAGGAAAAACGAUCUCUUACGAUAGGUAAGAAGUUAGACUAUCUGCGUGGUACGGAAAACGUAAUUCGUGCGAGAUCUUCAAAAGUGAGGAAGAAAGGCUGCGAAGGCACACGACUUAUUCGGUAGACGGCAUAGUUGCGCAAUGAAAUAGCGCCGACAGUUACCUUGGAAAAUGCAAAUACGCGUCGCUGUUCGUCUACGACGAUAAGCCGCUAUCGCGUAUGUCCGCGAGCGUAUACCCAAGUUUUAGAAUCUUCUUCCAAGGAAAGGAGGCAAGUUCCUUUCGACUACCUCGGACCAACGUACAAUCUUUCUCUUUCUCUCGCUCGUUAUCGUUAUGUCAGAAACGAUCUAGGAAAAAGGCAGACCGUUCGGUUUGAAAGGAUAUCUUGCUUUUCGAGUAGGAUACUACCUUGCUACCGUGCUUGACAGGGGGGCAAAAAGAUUAAGAAAUUCUCGCGUCGUACGGUUUUCCGACUAAUCGAUACGAGAGAGAAAAGAUUUUUCCGUGCUCUCAUUGGACGAAUAACGAAUUAAAUUGUUUCUUCGACCGAAAAAAAAAAAAUGCAAAAUUAAUAUCGAAAGUUGAGCGUUUGUUCGUGACGAUUCGGGUAACGCGUCUCUUCUGCGAAUCUAAAGAACGUAUCGUGCGACGGGAAAUUGUUCCGCAAACAACAAAGUUGUUCGACGAUCGCUUAAUUUGCAGAGAACUUGGUUUCAACCGAACGAUUCCUUCGCGAACGUUAUCAGGUUGUUUUGAUAAAUAAAACGAGAGUAUCGAACGAACGGAAGAGUAUUUACGAGAGAAGAGAAAAGAUACGGUGCUAUUGCAACGAGAGAAUUUGAAAUAAAACUACCUUUCUCGAAUAUAACAUUUAAUUCGGAACUCUCUUCAAUUUCUUCAGGGAAAUCUCUCCGCGAGUUUUGCGACGAUCAAAAGAAUCAGACUCUGUAAGUAAUCACGAGUUUGUUGCGAGAUGGACGAAGAAAAUGGGACUUUGAGAGUGAGAAUUCUUUUCGAAAGAGAGAAUAAGAAAAGAGGAAAAGAAUCCUGUGAAAGUUUCGUCGUAGAUUGAUUCGUAGAUCGAUAGUCGUGGAAUUUCUUUUCACGGUUCGAUGUCGAAGAGAAAGAUUUGCGGGUUUUGUUCGUCGGAAAGAUCAGGAUUGGCUGAUUCGAUUCGAGAAUGAAGAAGGGAGUGAAGAUGAAGGGAAGAGAAGAAUCGUCCGAGUCUCGACGACGACAGCCGUUAGCGCGCUUGCAAGCGGCCACGCGCGAGAGCCUCUUGCUCUCUCUCUCUCUCUCUCUCUCUCUCUCUCUCUCUCGCGCGCGCGCGCGCGCUUUGGGAUUAAUAUAGCCGCGUGUCGUGCGACGCGUUCUCUUCUUGCAUACCGAAAGUGGACCUCGACGUUGGACCUCUGCGUCUACCACCACACCCUCCCUUCCUCUAAUUCUAUGCGCUUUCCUCCUCAGACGGAAGCAUUUAUAUGUGUAGUGCAGUAUGUACGGAUAUUAUACGCGUCUCUGCUACACUCUUCUUUUUAAGUUAUCCUACAUUUAUCAGUAUUUUAAUCCAAAAACUCGCAAAUUCUGUUUACCGUCAAGUAGAAAGAAUAUUUUUGUUAGUGGUCAUAACUUUCGAUGGACGCGUUGAUUUAUUUUGAUAACUAGCUAAUUUAAAUAAAACGUAGCGAAUUUGAUUGCAACUUUGUAGGUUUCUUGCUUUCUUUUCUUUUUAGAUCGUAUGCACGUCCAUCCUUCGAAAAAUUUCGUUUGUGUAAUUUCGAUAGCGAGAACAAACGGAGCAAUAACAACACUAGGAACGCUCCAAAUGUGGCUGCGGCUGCGGCUGCGGAUGUGAAGGCGUGACGGUGCACUAGCCUUCCCUCUUGCAUCCUCUUGCAUCCUCUCCGCGACCAACAUGUGCAGACGUGCACGUGCGCCUCGCGCAAUAGUGAUUUUCAAGACGCAAGACUUAGUCAUCGAUAAGAUUUUUCAAUUCCUUGCGUUUUUUUAAGUAUACCUAUACUCGCGAUUAUUAUCGUACCUUUUCCUCUUAUUUUUCAUUUCCGCUGAUUAAUGGACGAUCGAAAGAAAAGAGAGAAAGUUUUUUAGCUCGUUGCGAUUUCUUUCUUCGAAACGCAAUUUCACGUUAUCUCUCCUAGGUAUUUAUUCCUAGCGAGACUCUCGGCAGAUACAUACACGUACGAUAUUUGUAUACGUUUAAUCGAUUACGCAACGAGAUGAAAAGUCGCGAGCAUGUGUACUCCUUUGACUCUUCGAUAUAGCUCUCGAGGAUACCUAUCGAAUAUUCUCAUUUCCGACAUUUCCGUUUAGCGUCGGUACUUCAAGGUCUCUCGUUAGAUCUAAUAUCUCAUGGUUGAUCAUAAAAUUAGCAUUUAUCUUUCAUUCGCGAAAAUAGAUUCGAUCGAAUUGUCAAAAGUUUUUUCGUAUAGGUCGAACUACUCAAUGGAAACGACGAGGUAGAUGACGACGACGAUUAGCGAUCAUAUGACGAGUCGAUGCGUAGACUCCUUAGUAGUGUACGUGGAACGUGCUUGGCCUCCGGCUUGUCGUUCACUGAAACUCACCCGUAUGGAUACACGUACGGAACAACGGGUGCAUGCGCGUCGCUAGCGUUGAAAAGAGAGAUUUUCUUUCUCUCUUCUUCUUUCGUCGUAUUCUCUCGCUCUGUUCUGCGAAAAAUAAACGCUAAGAGUUGUUUACCCCGACUGUUCGCUCCAUCGCCUUCGUUGCCGACUCUGCACCAUUGUUUUACAAAAAAAAAAAGAAAUAAUCACUUCAAAUCUUUCACGAACGUGUGCUUGCGGUAAUCGUGAGAAAGAAAGAAAGAUUUUCGGAAGGCGUUUGGCGAAUUCUCCUAAAUCUUCUUCCCUUUCUUUUUCAUUGAUUUUCCUCGAAUUUUCCUUUUCUUUUGCGAACAUUGCGAGUGUAAAAUAGGCCAAAUUUUGCCAUAUCUAUUCCAUCCAGUCUGCCGUGCUAUAUUAUUGACUGAAUAAUAGAUUUUUCGAUAACACGCAGAGAAUCGCGAUACGAAAGGUCAAGCUCGGUCGGCCAAUAAACGCCGAUCGUCGAUAGGUCUCUUAUCUUUCUUAAUUAGACCCGAGUCGCGCGGAUUGUUUCCUAUCUCCCCUCCGCCCCCCUUUCUCCUUCCAUCUAUCUACUCGUCUAUCCUCAUUUCGUCAAUUUGCGAUUUUAUAUCGGUAUCCUUCAACGGAGUUAAAAAGACGCGUACCGGACGUAUACGCUUCUCCAUUCCAACGAUUAUGGUCACGAAAUGGUACACGUAUACUUCAGCUAGCUAAUAAUGAUGUACGCGAAUGGCUAAAAGAAUGAACUCGUUUAAAGAGAGAUAGAAAAUAUACAGUUCGUUCCGAUGAUACUUAAAAACGCAAACUUUUUUUUUCAUUCGCACAGUAGAAAUAUGCUUUACUCCUUUCGGAAUGUGUAUAAAUUUAAACAGAUGGAAACGACAAGCUUAGAAAACAAUAUAAAAAGGAUGCUACGAAUUUUUCAUAAAACCAUUUCGCCUUGGACUACAAAUACUAAGCAAUUUGUAAUCGCCAAAGUUGAAAGUAGUUAUUUUCUUGAAUUUUUGCCGUGCGUUACAUAAACGUUAGCGCGUAUCGUUUCGUCAUGACGGUCGUACCGCGACGGACACUCAAUAUCGGCUCAAAGUGUCGUGGAACAAACUACUAUGGUAGCCGGGAGAGGACAGAAAGACCGAUCGUUGGAUGGGAAGAGCGAGCGAGCGAGCGAGAGACAGAGAGAGAGAGAGAGAGAGAGAGAGAGAGAGAAAGAGAGAGAGAGCACGGAAUACAGUAGCUUUGAACUUGACACGACGACGAAGGGUGCGAGCUUUGCCUCGGAAGAAGAUCGUUAAGGCGAACUACAGAGUGAAGAUGAAUAAAGAAGGAAGAGAGAGAGAGGAACGGGUAAGAGAAAAAAGAGAGAGAGGGGGGGGGGAAGAGUAUAGCGGGAUAAAAAGGAAGAAGGGCGACCGGUUCAAAAGCAAGUUUCGGUGGCCUCCUCUUCGUAUACGUUCAAAGAAGGAAAGAGAGAGAGAGAGAGAGGGGGGACACGUGGGAUGAGUUAGGACUCUGCGACUGACAGAAGAAAGAUCGACGCCCGAAAGACGAUAAAUCCUUCUUCGUCCCUCCUUUCGUCCUUCCACCUUCGAGUCCUUCGACCUUGCCUCGAAUUAAGAAUACGCGUGUCUAUGUGCGCCGUUGUAAGUGUCGUAUGAAGAGAGGCUUUCGCUCGCUAACGUGUCGGAAAAUACGCAGAAAAUUUUUCGCUCGGCGAGAUAAAGAACUUUUCGAAUUUGUAUCGCAUCGUCCGGUCGUGUGAAAAAUUUCGGGAGAAAGUGCAAACAUCGACACAUACACGUACACACGUGUGCGCGCGUAGUUCUCUUUUUUCUCAUUUUUUUACUCGUACAGAAAAACUUUGACGUACUGUCCACGAAGAUAAUCGAUAGACGCGACGCGGUCUCGUAAGGCGGCUGUACUCCGGUAAAAAAUCUGACGGCUUGCUUCGUGAAAAGAUUUAUACGUUGUUUCGAGCCUUAUCGAAUUUCCUAUCGGAAAGGAUGACGUCUUUUUCUCCCUCCCUCCCUCCCUCUCUCGCUCUCUCUCUCUCUCCCUCCAUCUCUGUUUCGAUCGCUCGUUGCACCACGAUGAUUCGCGAUGAUGAAUCAGCAGAUACGAUCGAUUGCCUCUUUUCGCACGACGAGCGUCGAUGACGAUUUCUCGAAGAAUGACGAAGAAAAUGAUCUUCCCAUAUGUCAAAAUCGAUAUGACAUUUUCUAUUUGGACAUAUUCUUUUGAAGAAAUGGACAAAUUUGUAGACAAAGUUACAGCCAAUUGACUCCUGUUAUUACAAAGGUGUGUUCAAUAACGAUCGGUGACGUAGAACGAUCCUCGAUAGAGGUCGGUACAACUUAUCUUUAUCUUUUGAUUAUAUUUAUGAAGAUAGUGAUAUUGAUAAGACGUGAUAAAGAGAAAGGAUAAGGAGAAAGCAGGUGUGGUGGUGGUGGUGGUGUUUAAGUAGAAAGAGUAGCGUACAGACCGCGAAGGUUUGCACGAUGCAGAACAGAAGAAAACAUAGUAAAGUGUGUUUGUCGCGGUACGAGAGAUAGGUCAGUUCGGCGGUAGCGAAGUAAACGCCAGCCGUUUGUACGCUUACGAGUUUGUUGCCAGCGAGUUUGCCGAUGUCGGCAAGAGUUUGCUGCUCCUUCUAUUCUUUCCUUUCAACCAUUGCCUUCUUGUUCUUUUAAUCGAAGGAAUUUAGACUCGCGAUUGGAAGAAACGAUAUAAAUCCACGUCGCAAACUUUAAUCCAAAAGCUUAACGAAUAAUGAAGUUAUCUGAUUGCUCUUUCGUUCAAAUUCAUUAAUAGGUACGUGUGCACGUACUUAGUUGGAGUAUUUUGGCAUUUUUGAUGAACGUAGAAUUUAACGAGGAACGAGUCGAAAGGUCUUUUUUUUUUUUUUUAAGAAUCGAUAUUCAGAAGGGCGAUACGACUCGUAAGCGUUUAGUCGUUCCCAAGUACACGAAAGGAUCUUUUUCUUUGUAACGUUAAGAGAGAUUCUCAUUACAUAUUCGAUAUACGAGUAGAACAACGAUCGUUCGAUCGUUGCACGAUCAAACAAUUAUUUCAUUCCGCUUCGUAGAUAAUGCCGCGCGAAAGAACGAGGAGAGGAAAUAGAUAAUACACUUGCAGAAAAAUAUCAUUUUAUCGUUGGACGUAGCCUAUUCCUCUCGUGUUUCUCGAAAUUUCCCAGUAGGAUCGGCUGUUGGAAGUAGGUGUACAUACAUGCGUACAUAGAUAGACGUAUAUGUAAGCGAAUAUGUAGGUAGGUACAUAUCGUGAUAAGCGUUUAUUAAUCAUCGAAAUGGCUAGAACGACGUACGUCGUCGCGAUGGCAAAACAGAGUGCUUUCAACGACGUACUUAGAUAUAAAUCAUCGUUCGGUUUCUCGAGAGGGUAAUGCGAUAUCAACGGGGUGCUCGUUAAUGCGCGUGCUAUUAAAUGAACAGGACAAUGGACCAACUUGACUCGUUAGGAUCUAUGCGUCUACGUUCUAAUUAACCGUAGGUAUAUACGUCGAUAGGUGAUUACCAAGUAUUGAGUAUUCCUAAGUAUCGAGUUUUCUCCAUCCUUUGGUCAAGUGUAUAAGUACGUCGAUCGUAACGAUAUUCGAUAUAUUUAAUCGAUGAAAUUUCAACCGGAAGCAGACACCAAUUGCGAGCAAAAAGCAACGAACUUUCGUGGAAGAAACCACGUUUGCGUCAUCGUUAUCGUCGAAAGUACGCCAGGCGUUAUCGCGUAGGAAGAGGGGACGAGGUGGAAAACUCUGCGGGGAAGACUCACCGAGGCAACAAAAGCAAAAGCAAAAGAAGAAGAAACAACGCAAACAAGGGCGAUGCAACGGAGCAAAGCGACGGCAUCGGCAACGCGCGACUAGAGUCAGCCGUCUGGUUGCGCUCGGUCUCUCUCUCUCUCUAGAGAGAGAGGGAGAGGGAGAGAGAGAGAGAGAGAAGUCGCGGGGAGUCUCACUCGUAAGAGAUAGAUCUGCUCGCUUGGCGCCAGCAGGUCGUGAUGGAAGCCGAGCGAAGGCCGCCUCGAGCGCUUCGUGCCUUGCUAUUCGUUCGUUCGUUCGUUCCUUCGAUCGUUUGUUCGUUCGUUCGUUCGUUCGUUCGUUCGUUCGUUCGUUCGUUCGUUCGUUCGUUCGUUCGUUUGUUCGUCCGUUCGUUCAUUCGUUCGUUCGCUCGCUCGUACGCUCGUUCGUUCGGUUUUCGACAAUACGCGAGGAUGCAUGGAAUGGUGGUCAAGCAUAUUAAAUAUAAGAGGAAGAGAGAGACGAGAGAAAGCGGAAUGUCUUAUCAUUUACCCUAUCUCUUUCUCUCUCUCUCUCUCUCUCUCUCCCUCUCUCUCUCUCUUAUCUCUCCUUUUGACGUUCGAAAAGGCGUAAGCUCGCUGACGUGAAGAUACGUUCUUAACGCUCGAAAAACUAUGGGGAAAGUAGGAAAUAAUAGCCGAUUAAAGCGGCUAACCUUUUCCGAGUCGUACCUACAGCCCUUUUCGCUGCACGAUUCGAUUAUUGCUUCUUUUCUUCUUCUUCGAACGAAUUGCUUGCUCGUCCUUCCUUGAGAGAGAAAAGAUUUUUUCGCAGAGUUACUUUUCAUUGGUGCGUACAUUUCGCUCGAGGAAGAGAGCUCCGGGAAAAAGUUGCUUUCGAGUGAAUUCAGUUCUCCCAUUAGAUAGUACUAGAGAGGACGUAGGCAGACUCUAUGAUCUCGAGGAAAAGUAAAAUGUAAGAGAGUCGACUACAAGGUGCGUCGGCGAAACGGAUAGGUCAGCUUGGCGCCAUCGGGUCGUUCCGAGCCGAGGCGAAGGCCGCGAGUCGCUCGCUGUCUCCUAUACCGUCGUUGCGGUUUUACUGCUCCUUUGUUACACCUAUCAUCGGCAUUACCGUCCGCCUGCGAGGGCCGUUCCGCUGGGCGUCCACGCAAAAUCUCGCUCUUCCAAUUAUAUUAUAUUCUAUUCUCGUCGUGCCAAGAUAUCUUAGCUCGAUAAGAUGAACAUUCGCCGAUCAACGUCUUUUUCUCGUCAUUUUAUCAAUGCCCCUAUGACGAUAUUAGAUAAUUACGCGAGCGGUGUCUCUUAAUUUUUCUUCCCGAUGAAAGAACUUGGUUAUUUCGAUCGCUGAUCGAAUCGCCUAUGGCCGUGUCGUAAGUUCGUAAAAGUUAUAUUUGCUCGAUUAGAGAUAAAGCGCAUUUGUCCGUCCUUCGCGCGUACAGCACGCUGGAUAAUUAAAUGGAAUUAUUAAUUAGCUCGAGUAAUUGGCACGAUCUAAUACUUGAAACGAGAGAGUCUCCUCUUCUCUAUUGUGCUUUCGAGCGUUCGAUCGGCUAUGCCACCGUCGCGCGCGCGUUGGACCAUAUCCAAAACUACCAUUCGCAUAUCACCAUGUCCCGAUAACGUAGCGGAUCUCUAAUCGGACAACGUGCUUGUAUCUUGCAAUUCCGUACUUGUCCUAAGCGUUUUCUACACAAUGCGAUUAUAUUCCGUACGUCACGAUAGCCAGUUUAGUUUCUGUUCGAGUAAACGCACCGAAAGUAAUUGGUCUAAAAUUGUUUCAUCUUAAUUUUUCACAUAAUUGUUACGUCUUAAUUUUAUAGUCGAUCGCGAUAACACAUUUUUCUCAUAGCGUAAAGACCAGUCGGAAAUUCGUCCUUUCUCCGAUCGUUAAAGAUAUUGGCCUUCCGCCAAAACAAUUUUGUUCCUAGUUUUGCAUUUAAAAAUAUUACAUAGCAGAUCCCUUUUUGGCUUUCUCAUUUCUUUCGUUUCUCCCCCGGUACGCAUUCGAUACGUAGGCAGAAGAGCACGCUCGUCAGGAUCCGUGGAAAAACACGACACGGUUUACUCGGUAAAUUUCCUACGUGGCUGGCUUAUUCCUCGACAAAAAAAAACCCAUGCUAAUUCAUCGUCGGCGAAGCGUUCUCGUUCUUUUCACGGAUGAAGUAGCGCGUUUUAUGAUCACCGGUCUUUUCUCUCUCUCUCUCUCUCUCGCUCUUUCGUCUACCUUCCUCUGACGUUCGGACAAAGAUCCGUAGGUGCAUAUCCAGAAUAUCAAAAAUUGUUUUCCUUUCGCAGCCUAUUCAAGCGUGAUAAAAGCUUUCGAGAUAACGUAUCGACUUUGUAGGAAAAUAAGUUGAACCAUCAAUCCCCAUCCCCAUCUCCGAAGAGAGUCGAUAAUUGGUCCAGUUGUAAAAUUAUCGACUAAAUUAGCUGUCAUCGUAGCGACUCGCUACAGAGCUUUUUCCAAUAAACGACCUCGUUAUAGCCUCCUUCCUCUUCUAUGCACAUUACCCGUUGCGCGUAAUAACACGUACUUUGUGCCAGGGAUGUCCAAGUUUUUGGAGUUACCUGGGUCGUACAUAUAAAACAAAACAAAAAAAAAUAUUAAGAUAUAGCAAAUAUAUGUACAAGUACAAACGUUUCGUUCUUUUUUCUUCUUUUUAAUAAAGAAAUCAUUCCGCCUGCUUUCGCGACAUAAAGUGUCGGCACUCCGCACAUGGAUGCAACCCUAUCACCGUGCGAGACGUCGUUCGCAUUCGCUAGAUUUCCGCCGCUAUCGAUGUUUUUUCAUCCAUAAAGCAUUUCGGUCUCCGCACCGGAUGAUCAGCGAUCGAAGCUACCGCAGGAAAUUUCCAUUGGGCCGCAGCAUUACUUGCUCCGUUGGCCCGCCGAUCGGACGUCCUUGCUUUACGCGAAUUACAAUAACGUAGUUUUUUCCUCUCUCGUAUCUAUGAUGAUAUCGUAAUUACAUCGCUCCUGUUCCUGUAAAUUUUUGUAAUUGACGCGAAAUAGUCUCGUUGAUCGUUUUGACAUCCGGGAAAAAGAAAUGCAAAAUAAAAGUGAAGGAGAUAUUUGAAAGAAAGAAAAAAGAACCGUGUAAACGCAUAAAAGUGAAUACACGUAAUCACUUUUUCGGUUCGCGGGGCGAAUUCACUCGAGGAUCGAUCGCGACGCCGCGAUAUCCCGUCGAAUUUAUAGAAUAUUUUAUUAUCGUGAAUGUGCGAGGAAGAAGAGAAGAUAAAAAUACCUGGGAACAUCUUCCACGGCCAAUGGGUACAUAGAUAUUCCGUAAUAUGCAUUAUAUAAAACGGUUCAACGAACCGAUCGAUCGAAUUACUUCCCAAGAUCUUAUUUUUAUCUCGAUGCUCUUUAUCACGAAUUCCUUCUCCCUCUGUCUUUUCGCAUCGGUCGCUGUUAGAGUAUCACUUUUAGGCAAAUACGUUUUAUAAAUACGUACAUAAUUAUGAACUUGGCGUAUCGUCGUGCAAUUCGCUUGCAACGGUUUUAAUGAUAUUACUGGCGAUAAAGCAAUGAUAAGAAUUUUAAAGAGAAGCCGAUAGAUGAGAUAAUGUUCCAAGACGUAUCGCGCUUCGUUAACGCAAUAGAUUAUUCCGACCGUGCAACUAUAAUAUUUAUUAUAUUUCCUUAUCGAUCGCUUUAAGAGUAUCCGUCGCCCUCUUCCUCUCCUUCUCCUGCUCCUCUAUUCCUUCUGUUUCUACGAGCAGAGCAUUCGUAUCGCGUACUUCGGGACAACGCGGCCUAUUAAUUUUAAUCGAACGCUCGAAACCGAGGAAGAAACGGAAAAUGUAAUUAAAAUCGGCAGCCAAAUGGUUUUUACGACGUGGCACCUUUCCUUCCUAAACCUCGUUUAACCCACCGACCAUGGCAUCUUUCUUCUUUUUCAACCUUAUCGAACGAUGUCGUUUCUAUCACGUUGUUUCUCGUUGUGUUUCCAUAUACGUAUAUAUCCUUUGUUUUCUUAUACGUUGGUACAUAAAGAUUGCCAGAAAUAAUAUGGAAAUAAUCAUUAAACCUCGAUUUCAUCGAUCGUUCUUCUAUCGAGACAGUCGCGAAUAGUAAUAAACGCAAAUAUUACGAAGAAGGCGAGUCAAGGAAUUCGUCUGGUUUAAUCGCCGAGCGUAAUUUAUCUAUGAAAUUCGUGGUAGGGAGCGAUGGUUGUGUAAAUCGAGGAAAAAGGAUAGCGUAGGUAAACGGUACGCGGAAGAGGCUCGCUCCGAGCGCAGCUAAGGGAGGGCACUCGAAACUCCGUGCACCUUACCUCCUAUCUCGUUUACACAAGACUCGAGGUUUUAAAGAUGCGCCGUAACUUGGUACGCGACGCGUACGCGUAUAUAUAUGCGCGCGCGUGUGCACGUCGACAGUGCGAAUUCGUUCUAGGCAACGCGAGCGACAGCUUUUGCCGAGCCACUUUCGUUUAUUAACGAAGCGCCAAGUUAUACCUAAUAUCGAGAUUUAUUACGUCCAUUCGUUCAAGACGAAAGUUUCGAUAACGAACCAAAAGAUUUUAUACACGUAUAUAAAAAUAUACAUAUAUAUACACAAGAGAGAGAAAGUUUCGUCGAUUCAACGCGAUUCGAAUUAAAACUUGUCCUUAAAUAAACAUUCGUUUGAUCCAACUGUGAAACGAUCGUUGUCACGAUAUCCCACCGCGCUCAAGUAGAUAAGAAUAAUUGGAUCGGCCUAUAUUUCUCAUGAAAUUAAACGACGCGUCCUCUCUCGUACGAAGAUGCCAAAGUUAAAAGGGAAGGAAAGUCAAAGAUACGACGUAGAUCGGAGCGCCAUUUCUCGAAAUCUGGUAAAAUGAAGAAUAAGGAGAAUAUGCAGAAGAAGAAGAAGAAGAAGAAGACGAAGAAGAAGAAGAAGAAGAAGAAGAAGAAGAAGAAGAAGCGAAAGAGGAAGGAAGGAUCGCGUUGACCGAAAGCAAUUUCUUUGUUCCCUCAGGCCUGCACUUGCGGAGCAUCGAGGAGCCGAGGAUGACGGCGGAGACGGCAGCUCCUUGUCUGCAGGGGGUGCAAGGGGUGCAGGGCGUUAUGGCGGGUCAGGGCAUGUUGCAACAGGUGCAAGAUGGAAAGUCCACGGGAAGUUAUUACACCUCGACUACGACCGUCUACGAUCCGGAAUACGCUCGAAUGGAGGCCUGGCUCGACGAGCACCCCGACUUCGUCAACGAUUAUUUUCUCAGGAAGGUGACACGGCAAACGGUAGACAUGUGGUUAGUGUCGCACGCGACGCCAACGUCGUCGUCGAGCAGCUGCAUGGAAUUGUCGAGUCCAACGCACCCCGGCGGCGGUUCCUCGUCCUCUGGCCGAGGUGCCUCCAGCGGCGGUUCCGGGGCCACGACGCCGGUCAGGAAGAUCUCCGCUCACGAGUUCGAGCGAGGUGGCCUUUUGAAGCCAAUCGUCAAUACGAUCGACGGUACGCCGACCUUCCUGAGCGUUUCCUCCGGCGACGCGGAUCAAUCCGGCGGACAGCCGGUUGGCUCGACUAAUUCUGCUCGGCCCCAAAGACGAUCCAGGCACGAGCUGAGGCAUCUGGACGAGAAGGAUCUUAUAUUCGAGCUGGUCAAGGACAUCUGUAACGAGUUGGACGUCAGAUCUUUGUGCCACAAGAUCCUUCAGAACGUGAGCACUUUGCUCCACGCCGAUCGCGGCUCGUUGUUCCUGGUCCAAGGCGAGAGGGGUGGCGGGCACGUACCCUCCUUGCAAAAUCACGAGACGAGCGUUAACAAUACCGACAAUGGAACCUCCCGACUGUCCGGCAACCAGGAUUGCGGUCAAACCUAUUCCAAGAGCAGGUGUCUCGUCUCGAAGCUCUUCGACGUUUGCUCGAGAUCGACUCUCCUCGAGAUGGAGAAGAAGGACGAAAUCAAGAUACCUUGGGGAACCGGGAUCGUUGGUUACGUCGCCGAAAGCGGAGAACCUGUCAACAUACCAGACGCUUACAAGGAUUCGAGGUUUAAUCGUGAGAUCGACGCGCUUACGGGGUACAGAACGAGAGCGUUGCUGUGUAUGCCGAUCAAGGAUUGCAACGGCGACGUCGUCGGGGUCGCCCAGGUCAUCAACAAGCUCGGCGGAGAGGCGCAAUUCACGGCGCAGGAUGAAAAGGUCUUUGCCGGUUACUUGCAAUUCUGCGGAAUCGGUCUGAGGAAUGCCCAACUUUACGAGAAGAGUCAGUUGGAAGUAAAGAGGAAUCAAGUGCUGUUGGAUCUAGCCAGAAUGAUCUUCGAGGAGCAGAGUACGAUAGAACACAUGGUCCUGAGGAUCUUAACCCACACGCAAUCGUUGAUACAAUGUCAGCGCGUUCAGGUAUUAUUGGUGCAUAAGGCAUCGAAGGGGAGCUUCUCUCGCGUGUUCGACUUCGAGGCGAACGAUCUCACGGGCGAAGAUUCCGAUUCUCGUACGAGUCCGUUCGAGAGUAGAUUUCCUAUAAACGUCGGCAUCACCGGAUACGUGGCGACGACAGGCGAGACGGUCAGUAUACCGAAUGCCUACGAAGAUCCAAGAUUCGAUCCGUCCGUCGACGAAGGUACGGGCUUUCGACAUCGCACCAUACUCUGUAUGCCCAUAAAGAAUUCAUCCGGACAAAUAAUCGGCGUUAUACAACUCAUCAACAAAUUCGACGAUCUUUCUUUUACAAAAAACGACGAGAACUUCGUCGAGGCGUUCGCCAUAUUCUGCGGCAUGGGGAUACACAAUACGCACAUGUACGAGAAGGCUGUGAUAGCGAUGGCCAAACAAAGCGUUACUUUGGAAGUACUGAGUUACCACGCGUCGGCGUCUUUGGAGGAUGCUCAAAGGCUGAGGGGAUUAAGAGUGCCAUCCUCGGCGCACUUUCAAUUACACGACUUCAAAUUCGACGACAUACAUAUGGAGGACGACGAGACUCUCACGGCUUGCUUAAGAAUGUUUCUCGACCUGGACUUUGUCGAGCGUUUUCACAUAGAUUACGACGUACUUUGUAGAUGGUUACUCAGCGUUAAGAAGAACUAUCGGAACGUAACUUAUCACAAUUGGAGACACGCCUUCAAUGUCGCUCAAAUGAUGUUUGCCAUUUUGACUGCCACACAGUGGUGGAAAGUCUUCGGUGAAAUCGAAUGUCUCGCAUUGAUCAUUGCCUGUCUCUGUCACGAUCUCGAUCAUCGCGGUACCAACAAUUCUUUUCAAAUCAAGGCUUCUUCCCCGCUGGCGCAACUUUAUUCAACUUCCACGAUGGAACAUCACCACUUCGAUCAAUGUCUAAUGAUACUGAGCAGUCAGGGUAAUCAGAUCUUGUCGAAUCUUUCACCGGAGGAAUAUUCUCGAGUGGUCAAGGUCCUCGAGGAGGCUAUUCUAUCGACCGAUCUUGCCGUCUAUUUUCGAAAGAGAGGAGCCUUUUUCAGCUUGGCGCGAGGUGGCGGCUAUAAUUGGGCAUACGGCGAUCAUCGUGAACUUUUGCGUGGUAUGUUGAUGACCGUAUGCGAUUUGGCGGCCAUCACGAAACCUUGGGAGGUCGAGAAGAGAGUGGCCGAGUUGGUCAGCAGUGAAUUUUUUGAACAGGGCGACAUCGAAAGGCGGACGUUAAAUAUUACGCCAAUCGAUAUUAUGAAUAGGGAGAAAGAGGAUCAGUUGCCGAUGAUGCAAGUUGGCUUCAUCGAUUCGAUUUGCCUCCCCAUAUACGAGGCAUUCGCUUUACUAUCGGACAAAUUGGAGCCCUUGGUCGAAGGUGUCAGAAACAACAAGCGACAUUGGUUAGAAAUUGCGGAGUCCAAGUGCCAAACAGAAAAUUGCACGAAUCACGACAGGACGUCGACGCCAUCCGACGACGACAACGAAGAGAUCAACGAACAAGCGGACCAAUAGCCGUUGAUACAUCAGUGCACGUGCGAUUAAAGUUUAAUGCCUCAAAGAAAUGGAUCAACGGAUCGUACCUCGCGCUUCGAUCAUCGACAAGAGUGACGAAGGAACGAACGAACGAACGAACGAACGAACGAACGAACGAACGAACGAAAAUUGUCGUUUGCCGCUUCGAGAAAUCUAUCGAGAAAUUUUCAUUCAUGGCCGCAACAUUUUUCUUCUCCUUUGCGGUCAAAGAAUCUUUCCUAUUCUUGUGAUUUCUUCGGCGAGUAAAAAGAAAAACAAAAAAGAUAAAGAAUCGCUUAUAUCUCUGUUCGUUACGAUUAACGAACAUUGUCUAAUGUAAGGAUCGAUAAAAAUAAAAUUGUAAUUAUUCUCGUACUCGCGAGAUAAAAAGAAGGUUCGUGAUAAAAGAACGAUCUUCGUCCUCUCUUCGAAAGAGAAAAGAGAAAGAUAUAAGACAAAUCGAUCCUGAGAUGCUACUCUUGUACCUGACCCGUAUUGUACCUAUAUACACUAUGACAAUAUUUCUAUGUUUCGAGAGAGGAUGGAGAAGAUGAUACGAGAAAAAAAGGAAAAAAAGAAGAGAAACGAAAUGUGAUCGCGAAAGAUCGUUCGUGGAUCGUUUUCGUUUUUCCUCUCGUUUGUAUUUAUAAGGAUCUCUUGGAAAACCAAUGGACGCAAACGCGAUGUGCAUAAUGACACUGAACGCGCGUGUGUCUGUCUGUCUGUCUGUCUGUCUGUCUGUCUGUGUGUGUGUGUGUACGCGUGCGUGCACAUGUAAUUAUAUACACGAAUACGUAUGUAUGUAUGUAUGUAUGUAUGUAUGUAUGUAUGUAUGUAUAUUCGUAUACCAAAGUGCACAUUUACAUAUAUCGAGGUCGAUCGCAGAGCGACGACGAGAACGGUACUUGUCGUCUCUUCUCAUAUCCGUUAGUUAGAAUCCUUCGACUAAGGCGAAAGAGAAUCAGUGUCUCUCUUUUCUCUUCUCUUUUCCUCGCUUCCCUCUUUUUUUAUCUCGAAAAAUUUUGGCGGCUGGAUUGUACUUCUUAGACGUCUCGAUCCUUGAAUAUAGAGCACGGUUUUCCUUUUUCCUCACAUACAUUUGUUAAGUCACGAUGGUAUAUCUUUUAUGUUGGAUCGAAUAUAAGUAAUGACGAUUACCCGAAUCAAGACGAUGAUCAGACAUAACGUUAGAUGUAUACGUCUAUAGCUAUCUUUUUGGAAAGUCUUACCUUUGCAAUAAGGCUUUAAAAAAUUCUCAUCAUGUCUCUAAUCGUAUCGCCAUAAUAACUUGCAUUGGAUGUGAUUUAAAAAAUGUAAUCUUUAAAGUUUUCUCUAGUUUGAAAAAAUUAUUAAAAUGGUUUGUGACGAAUAAAUGCAAACUCGACAGAGUGAGAGAUGGUAUUAAAAACAAAGAAAAGAAAAGGAAAGGAAACAUGUAUGAAAUAAAUUUGCGAGAAUCCAUCGUAAAUUUUCGAAAGUCAUUUGAAAAUAAAGAUGAAACCUACGAUGAUCAUGUUUCGAUCAUUGUUCAAGCAUUAUUAAAACAAAAAAAUUCCGCAAGAAGUAGAAAGAGAACCAACGGAGUGUGUCACGUGUAAAUCGAACAUAUCAUUCUCCAUAAGCUUGUCAAAAUUAAUAAAUACUAAUGAUGAUGAUGAUAAUGAUGAUGAUAAUAGAUAUGAUAGUAAUAAUAAUAACAAUAAUAAUAAUAAUAAUGAUAAUAAUAAUGAUAAUAUUAAUAAUAAUAUUAAUAAUAUUGAUAAUAUUAAAUAGUGAUAAUAAUAAUAACAAUAAUAAUAAUAGUAAUAAUAAUAAAAUAAUAUCUGGAAUAAUCGGGCUCAAGGAUCUGAUAAGUUUAUCCUAUCGUAUCUAUGUAUAAUUCUUGUAACCUUUCGAGUUCGAUAUAACUCGAUACAAUUCGAUAUAAUUGACGGAUCGAAGACAAGACCGCGUCAAAUCAAAGAAGGAACGUCGAUUUUUUGUUGACUUUCCAAGCACACCUCAAAGAGACUCUGCGAAAGAUAUGGAAUGAUCGUAUACGACCGAUCGAUCGUAAGGACCAACGGUUAUCAUCUUUCGUUUGCGACAGGUGUUAAAUCGAAUUUUUCAAAGGGGACGAAACUUCAAGAGUCGAUGAAAAUAUUAGUUAGAGAGAUGCGCCUACGUGUGUGAGCGUUAUUACUUAUACGAAUACGUUAUAGUCUUAGUUAGCGUUUUUCUUUUUCUACGUGUUCCUCUUGCAUCUACGAAAAUGUCCUUUCUUUUUAUUAUCGAUCCCAAAACCUUUGUCCCUCUCUCGCCGAUCGCGACACGGCGAGAAUAAAGAAAAAGAAAUAAGAAAUAUGUCAUAUUUGGAAGAAGAUGCGUUGUGUGAGUGUAAUCGAGCGCGCAUUAUGACGUAAUGAAAGAGUAGAAAACGGGAUGUUGUAUUGUAUAAUUUUUCUGUAAAUUAUUGAUACGAGACGAUGCGAAAGGCAUGCGACACACGGUACACACACACGAUCGUUUAUCGCGCCACGCUUAACGGUAGCACGAAAGUCAUAUAUUAUACGAACGAUAUCUAAUAUAUUAAAAGAAAACUAAGUUAUGUGCGAUACACGCGAACAA